AUGUCUACCCAAGCAGCCCGAAGCAUCCCCUUCACACACACCACUCCCCAGCAAGGCUUCAGACUGCUCGAACUGUCCCCGGAACUAAUGGAGCUGAUCUCCUCGAAUGAAGCGCCCACACUCGAACUAAAAUCCCUCCCUCCCUCACAAUCGCAAACUGAAUCCCAAUCCGAGCCCGACGAAGCCCGCGACUACGUCCACCUCUGCACACCCAAUAAAACCUACCAAGUCCGACAAGUCCAGUCUUCGAAUUCACUACAUAUCCUCCGACCAAGUACCAAUGCUGCUAUCGAGGAAAACAAGAACGAGGUUGAUAAUAAUGGCGACGAUGAUAUGGACAUGGAACUGGCCAUGAACACCGAGACCGUGACGUCCAUUGCGAAAUGCGGCUCGACGCUGGAACUAUAUAUGCCGAAGGAAGGGUUCUCUGCGAUCCCCUUUUUGGUCAAAAAACUGAGGUUCUAUUCGGGGGGUCAGGAUAGGGCGGAUGUGGAUGUGGAUAUGGUUGAUGGUGAUGAGGGCGAGUGUGCGAGAAUUACGAUGAAUGCGCUUUUCGCGGAUAUCCCCGUCUCCAAGGCACAAUGUGAACAAGGUUGGAUAGAGCUUUGUGCGUUCGUCCUUCGCUCCAAUGUCAACACCAAUACACCCAGUGCCAAUUGCUGGCGGCCUUCUGCGAAAGUCAAGGUUGAUGUCUGGAAGAGAGUCGUGGAGGGCGCGGUGUUGCAGGGGAUCAACCUGGAGAAACAAUUCUUGUUGAAUGAUCUAUGGAAGUCGGUCCUCGAUGAUAACGGCGAGGAACCGUUCCCGGCGGGUUUGUUCGAGGCGGUUGUGAGGAGGGUUUGUGAGGAUUCUACUGCUUCUGGGGAGGUUAUGCAAUGGACUAAUAUUGAGAAACCCCGUUGUAUACAAUGGAUCGGCGAGACGUAUCUAGAAGCCAAAGCGCCCACUGCAACGUCUGCACUCGGACGCAGCGAGUUUCUCAACGCGUGGAAAGAUCAUCUUCCUGAGUCGUGGAGGAGUGAGGUUACAUUUUCCAAGUUGCCUGAGGGAUCGUACAAAUUUCCUGAUCCGACGUCGAUUUGCUAUGUGAAAGAAGGUGAUCGACAAAAGGUGAAGAAGAACCUAUCGACAGAUGCCAGUGCUGCUACUACGGCCAAGAAAUCGAGGAACUGGCAUGAACUGUUCAGAAACCAGCGACGGCGUUAA